CUACAGUCUCUGUCCCCUCCCCCUCUCUCUCUCCUCCAUGGCUUCCGACCUCAGAACGCCUCCUCCUCCGUCUCGCCACCGCAAAUCGAUCCGCUGGCUCGGAACUCGCUGAAACCCCCGUCGUUUUUCUGCACGCGCGCACACAAUCUCUCUGUCUCUGUCUCUGUCUCUGUCUCUCUGCCAAUGGCGGUGUCGAUUACCUCCGGGUCGACCCUCUUCGUCUUCUUCGUGGCGGUCGCGUCGGCACUGAGCUCUUGGGUCGGGUCGGAGCCGGUCCAGGACAGGCAGGCCCUUCUUGCCUUCAUCCAGCAGACCCCGCACGCGAACCGCCUCCAGUGGAACGCCUCCGCCUCCGCCUGCGACUGGGUCGGGGUCAAGUGCGACGGGACCAACUCGUCCGUCCUCGAGCUCCGCCUCCCCGCCGUCGGCCUCGUCGGGCCCGUCCCGCUGGGCACCAUCGGCAAGCUGUCCCAGCUCCAGGUCCUCAGCCUCCGCUCCAACGGGCUCUCCGGUCCGGUCCCCUCGGACUUCUCCAAUCUGACCCUCUUGAGGAGCCUCUACCUCCAAGACAAUAACUUCACCGGCGAUUUGCCACCGAGCCUGACUCAGCUGACUCGGCUCAUCCGGCUCGACCUCUCCUCCAACAACUUCUCGGGGCAAAUCCCCUUCGCGCUCAACAAUUUGACCCGCCUGACGCGCCUCUUCCUCCAGAACAACCAAUUCUCCGGCAGCCUCCCCAGCAUCGGCGGCGGCGGCCUCAUUGACUUCAACGUCUCCAACAACCACCUCAACGGCUCGAUCCCGGGCUCCCUCGCGAGGUUCGACGCGUCCUCCUUCGCCGGCAACCUCGACCUCUGCGGCGGUCCCCUCAAGCCCUGCAGCCCGUUCUUCCCCUCUCCUGCUCCGUCGCCGAACCCGCCUUCGCCGACCCCCAUUGCUAAGAAGUCCAAGAAGAAGCUCUCCACCGCUGCAAUCAUCGCUAUUGCAGUCGGCUCCGCCCUAAUCGCAUUCUUGAUUUUGCUCCUCUUGGUGCUGUGCAUCCGCCGGCGUGGGCGCCAGCGGUCGCCGAAGCCGCCAAAGCACGCGGGGGCGGCGGGCCCGCCGAGGUCGGUGUCUGCAGAGGCAGGGACGUCAUCGUCGAAGGACGACAUCACCGGGGGCUCAGUGGAGGCAGAGAGGAACAAGCUGGUGUUCUUGGAAGGCGGGGUCUACAGCUUCGACCUGGAGGACCUGCUGCGAGCGUCGGCAGAGGUCCUCGGGAAGGGCAGCGUGGGGACGUCGUACAAGGCGGUGCUGGAGGAAGGGACGACGGUGGUGGUGAAGAGGCUGAAGGACGUGGUGGCGAGCAAGAAGGAGUUCGAGGCGCAAAUGGAGGUGCUUGGGAAGGUGAAGCACGAGAAUGUGGUCCCUCUGAGAGCCUUUUACUACUCCAAGGACGAGAAGUUGCUGGUCUGCGAUUACAUGGCCGCCGGCAGCUUGUCUGCUCUGCUCCACGGCAGUAGAGGAUCAGGGCGUACGCCGCUGGACUGGGAGAGCCGGCUUAAGAUUGCAAUCGCCACAGGAAGAGGCCUAGCACACCUUCACGCGGCGGGCAAGGUGGUCCACGGCAACAUCAAGUCCUCCAAUGUCCUGCUCCGACCUGACCACAAUGCCUGCGUGUCGGAUUUUGGACUGAAUCCUCUGUUUGGCACCGCGACCCCGCCCAAUCGGGUUGCUGGCUACCGGGCCCCCGAAGUCGUGGAGACCCGGAGGGUCACGUUCCAAUCCGACGUGUACAGCUUUGGGGUCCUGUUGCUCGAGCUGUUGACAGGCAAGGCGCCCAAUCAGGCCUCCCUCGGGGAGGAGGGCAUCGACCUGCCCAGGUGGGUCCAGUCGGUCGUGCGCGAAGAAUGGACGGCCGAGGUCUUCGACGUGGAGCUCAUGAGGUACCACAACAUCGAGGAAGAGAUGGUGCAGCUGCUGCAGAUCGCCAUGUCCUGCGUGGCGGUCGCGCCCGACCAGAGGCCGCCGAUGGUGGAGGUGGUCCGGAUGAUGGAGGAGAUGAACCGGGGCGAGACGGACGACGGGUUGAGGCAGUCCUCGGACGACCCGUCGAAAGGAUCGGACGGUCAGACUCCGCCCACGGAGUCGAGGACGCCGCCUUGAAGAAGCUUGAAGCUUUAAGAACAUUCUUGUGAUUCAUUCAGUUGGGGUCUCCUCUCAAAAACGUGCACAGGGUGAGUAAAUAACAAAUUCUCAAGUGUCCAUCCAUUUCCAUUUCAAUCCGAUAGAAGGGUCAAUUUUUUUUCUUCUUCUUCUUCCUUCUUCUUGAAUUUCUUCUUCGUUCUUCAAAUCUGCAAGGUGGUUUUUCAUUUUCUUUUUGCCUGGUGGGGGUUUGUGAAUUUGAUUCUUAGGGGGGCAAAGUUGGAGUUUCAUUUGGGUGAGUUCCACGACCUUAUUGGAAUUGACCAGUGACCACUUUGAUGCUUUGUAGUUGGGUUUUAUUUCAAAUUCUUU